AUGGCAAAAUUAGAAAUUUGUAGUCUUCACGCGUCGUCUCAGAAGAUGGAGGGCAAAUGCAAGCAAGUAGAUGAGAAGAUGGAGCCUCAGGAUGAACCAAUGAAGCAUCAGCGUUUGUUUCAGCUUAGUGGCUUUAUGAUUGAGGUACUUGAACGAGAUGAGGAACUGGAUGUGUCAUCAUUUCCUUACUCGUUUCAAGUAAAUACUUACAAGAUGCAUUUGCAACCGGAUGGCCGCUCAAGCAGUCUAUUUCAUGACUCGAUUAUACUAUCAGCUACUGACGAAGAUACAAAGAAGAUAUGGGUAAAGAGCAUUAAGUUUUGGAACCGCUAUGGAUGGAGAGACACGGUACAAGUGGCUGCCACACGCCGUGAUCUCGAGAAGCUCCAAGAACAGCUACAAACAUACAGCAACCCAACAUUUAUGGGUGUGUAUCCACGCUAUAGUAGCGACGAAGCCUUAUGUUGCGACCGCAAUAGUGCCAUGGCGAUGUACGGUGGUCGCAGCAGCUAUAGCGUCCAGACAUCUUGCGCCACACGACGCCAAACGAAACGACGAUUUUACCGCACGACCGUCCCGAGCGUGUUUGUGCCGCCGUCGGAAACUCUGCUCGGGCAAAAUUAG